GUACCAAGCUCCGUAGCUGCCAGCUCGACUUGUCGCUAUCGCGCCCAGCCUGGUCCUCGCGGCCUCCGAAGCUGCGACGAUAAACCCAAAGUCGCCAACAGCACUCUUAGUUAACGACAAACUCACAGAAUCAUAUCGCGUUGCAAGCAGCGAGCAUCGGCGAGCCCAUCCGAGCACAGGUCCCAGCGCCAGCCCCGACACAGCGCACUCACGCGUCCUGCUCCCGGCGCGGCGCCUCCGGUCGCGAUGCACAACCCGCUAGAGCCGCUGCUCGCCGAGCAGGGCGUGGUGAUCUUGGACGGCGCUCAGGGCACGGAGCUCGAGCGGCGCGGCAUCGACAUUGGCGGCUCUAAGUUGUGGAGCGCCCAACUUCUGAUUGAUGACCCCGAUACCGUGCAGGCCAUCCACCUGGACUACCUGCGGUCAGGGUCAGACGUGAUCACCACCUUCACCUACCAGGCCAGCCUGCCGGGCUUUGCGGAGGCGGGCGUGGACGCGGCACAUGCCGGCCGGCUGCUCAACCUGGCGGUGGACCUGGCGGAGGCCGCCCGGGCCCACUUCAUGAGGGAACAGGAGCAGGAGCGGGGGCAGGAGCAGGAGCAGGGGAAGGAGCAGGAUCAGGGGAAGGAGCCGGGGCAUCAGGGGCAGGGGCAGGAGCAGGGGAAGGAGCGGGAGCAGGGGAAGGAGCAGGGGGAGGAGCAGGAGCAGCAGGAAAGUGGGCAGCACGGACAGAGACUGAGAGGCGCGGGCAGUUCCGCGGCAGGUGGCGGCAGCGGCAGCGGUGACAGCCGCCGCCAUGCCGCAGCCGGGCGGCGGCGGCGGCCGCUAAUCGCUUACUCAUGCGGAUCCUAUGGCGCCUACCUUGCCGAUGGAUCCGAGUUCCAAGGCGAUUACGCGGAUUCGGUUUCGACCGAUGCGCUCAUCGAGUUCCAUCGGGCCCGGCUGGAUCCGGUUCGGUCGCGGCACGAGAUUGACCUCAUUGCCUUUGAGACGGUGCCGUGCCUGAAGGAGGCGGAGGCGAUUGUGGAGCUGCUGCGGCGGGAGAGGUACUGCAAGCCGGCGUGGAUCAGCUUCAGCUGCAAGGACGACGCCCACACCUGCCACGGGGAGGACUUUGGCGCGCAAUGCGUGCCGCUGCUGGCGGCGGCGGCGGCCGAGGGGCUGGUGGCGGCGGCGGGCGUCAACUGCACGCCGCCGCGACACGUGCCUGCCCUCCUCGCGGCGGCGCGCCAGCAGCUGCAACAACUGGAGGUGUCGGCGGCGGCGCCGCCGCCGCCAUCGCCGCCGGCGGACGGGAUGCGCCAGCAGCAGCAGCACUUAGCGUGCGCGCCGCGAAGGCUGUUGCUGCUGUGCUACCCCAACAGCGGCGAGCAGUGGGACGGCGCGGGGCGGUGCUGGCACAGCGCACCCGACGACAUUGCAGAGCCGGGGCGCUUCGCGGCGGCGGCGGCGGACUGGGUGGGGAGCCGGGCCAUGGCUGUGUCGCUGGUGGGGGGCUGCUGCCGGACGGGGCCGGCACACAUUGCCGCGCUGCGGCGCCGCCUGGUGGCGCCGCCGGAGGACCGGGCGGCGGCGGCGGCGGCGGCGCCCGCACUGCAGUAGCGAGUGAGGGUGAGUGCUGGCGGUGCUGGAGGCAAGGCUGGAGGCAAGGCUGGAGGCAAGGCUGGAGGCAAGGCUGGAGGCAAGGCUGGAGGACAACACGUGCUGUGUGGAAAGUCCUAGCUGGGGUAGGCUGUGCGCUGGUUAGGCCUGAUGAGGAGACUGUUUGCGCGCGGCACGGGACUCGUCGUCGGUGUGAGGGAUUAGGUAAGGUGGCUGGUAGCUAGGUUGAGGACGGCUGGGGAGCAGGCGGAGCAGCAGCGGCGGAGCCGCCUAGCCAGCCGCUUCCCCUGGAACUAGGACGGAGCUGCUGCGUGGCAGAGGGGCAGACGGGCGGUGGGUGUAGGUGGCUGGCACGUGGGUGGCGUCACGGCUUGGAUGGCAGGGCGGUAGGCGGUUGAGAUGCUGCGUGGUUCUGUGUGGGUGCUGCUUGGUGUGUGGAUCGCAGGCCUGCCACGGGGCAAAGCUGCGUAAAAUAAAGCAGACAGGCAGGCAGGUCGUCCGUAUACAUGGCAUUCUUCCGGAAGUGUCGCCCUGUAAGGCUGUAACAAGCACGCACG